AUGGAUAGCAUAUUUGUGGUUAAAAAUAAUUCGGUCGCACAUAAGUUGGUGGUUCCCAGAAAGGAGAAGCGGCUUCCAACAAUCGUAUGGAGUUGUUGUUUUUUUAACGAUAACAUUCUGGCCAGUGGGGAUUCUCGUGGCGUUGUAUCAUUCUGGAACUUCCAUAAUGGAGCACUAGUAUCGAAUUUGGAAACCCAUCAGUCCGAAAUACUCUGCUUGGUUCUAUGUGAAGAUCGUAUACAUGCAGCUGGUGUUGAUCCGAGAAUAAUAAGCAUCAAGCACAUAGCAGGAAAUGAUUUCCGUGUUGUACAACAGCGUAAUGGUCCGAUAAGAGAUGUCCGAGCAAUGGCGUCUUUUGAUGGAAAGGUGCAUAGCUCAA